GUUUCACAUCUUCCUUGGGCAGUAAGGAAACAGGAGCUUCGCCCGAUCCGGCCCCACCAUGAGUGACCAGGUUUUAAGCUUUCUUAAGGACUUUCUGGCGGGUGGCAUUGCAGCUGCCAUCUCUAAGACUGCUGUAGCCCCCAUUGAAAGGGUUAAACUUCUGCUGCAGGUCCAGCAUGCCAGCAAACAGAUAUCUGUUGACAAGCAAUAUAAAGGGAUCAUGGAUUGUGUGGUCAGAAUCCCAAAGGAGCAAGGAUUUAUCUCAUUCUGGAGAGGGAACCUUGCCAAUGUCAUCCGUUACUUCCCCACACAAGCUCUUAACUUUGCCUUCAAGGACAAGUAUAAGCAGAUUUUCCUUGGGGGAGUAGAUAAGCAUAAGCAAUUCUGGAGGUUCUUCGUUGGUAACCUGGCCUCUGGUGGAGCUGCUGGUGCUACAUCUCUCUGCUUUGUGUACCCCCUGGAUUUUGCCAGAACCCGUCUAGCCGCUGAUGUGGGCAAAGGUCUAAAUGAAAGAGAGUUUACCGGUCUUGGAAACUGCAUUGCCAAGAUCUACAAGUUAGAUGGAUUAAAAGGCCUCUACCAAGGUUUCAAUGUGUCUGUUCAGGGCAUUAUCAUUUACAGAGCAGCUUACUUUGGUGUCUAUGACACUGCUAAGGGUAUGAUGCCAGAUCCCAAGAAUGUGCACAUUGUGGUAAGCUGGAUGAUUGCUCAGACUGUCACUGCUGUUGCUGGUCUUGUGUCCUAUCCAUUUGACACAGUCAGGAGACGUAUGAUGAUGCAGUCUGGCAGGAAAGGAGCUGAUAUCAUGUACAAGGGAACGAUUGACUGCUGGAAGAAGAUAUCCAAAGAUGAAGGACCAAAAGCCUUCUUCAAGGGUGCUUGGUCCAACGUACUGAGAGGCAUGGGUGGUGCUUUUGUACUUGUAUUGUAUGAUGAAAUUAAGAAAUAUGUCUAAUCUUAUACAACUGCUAUAUUCUCUCCCUAUUCAUAUACUUUGUAAAGACAUAAUGGGGCAUUUGGUUUCAGUGACAAAGACAAUGAGAUAUUUCCUAGGGAAAUAAAAGGAGAAACAUGGAGAAAUGGGAUUCUUCAACCCAGUUUGCAUUUUGUAUAGACAAAUGAAGUUCACUGCAACCUGUGCACCAUCACUAGGUACAAAACAUGGCCAUGCUCCUAAACAUAAUGAAUAAAAUAGACCUUCUAAAGGCUAUAAUAGCCAUUUUUACCCAAUACCGUGACAGUGGCAGACUUUUCUUAAGAUUGUGGACAAUAAAGAUAACAUUUAAAUUUA